AUGCCAUUCAAUCUGCCCAGCAACUUUUGCCCAAAUCCUGAUAUCUUUCUACGAAAAUUCCAAUCAUCUGAACCUGUUGAAUCACCACCUGCACCUGCACCGCCCCGUUACAAUUGGCCAAUCGAGGGAGACGACGUUGACACGCCCGAAAAAACCAUUCGAACAAUCAUUCCCUCGUCAUCACAUACUUUGACUUCAGUAAUCCAACCAGAACCUACUCUUACCCCGGACGCGCGGAUAGUUCGCGAAUUUUUCCAUCAAGCACACCUGGCAACACCUGUAGUACCGGGAGGAUUUGUUCAUACGCCUAUGCAACAAUCGCCAGCUGAAUCCUCGCGACGCGUUAGCGAGAUUCAGAACACCGACGCUAUGACUCAAGAUGAUAUUAUCAAUACCUUGCAGUUGAAGAUAAACCAGUUGCAACAGGAGAAGUCUGAAUGGGAGGCGAAAGCUCAGGCCUCAGCGUUUCACGUCUCGCAAUUGAACGAUCACCCAAUACGGCUCGGAGCGCGGGGUCUAACAACCCUUUCGCUGCGUAUUGGAACCAUGCUACGACGCCGACACCAGCAGGCCCCCGAAAUCAACAAUUAA